AUGGCUUCUUCUUCCGCCUUUAACAAUUACAUCGUUGACUCCGCUAUGGGGCCUACCUGCAGCCGGCAAGUUCCUCCAGGCUCCUUUGGCGUGCCCGCUGCGCGCGGGCACGGGACGACGAGACUCCACACAAGCUACAAAGGCCCGGGAUCCAGGCAGCGAGCGAGCCACCUUCCACCCAACCCACGCACCAACACCACCACCGCCACCACCAGCCAAGUCCAAAAUGUGCACCAUCGGCUACAACACCUUUCUGCUGCGGCUGCCGCACGCCCAACGUCCUCGACCUUCCAAAAGUGCGAGUACGCGCAGCUCAAGGGCCACAUCUGUCCCGACUUCCAGAUCAGCGAGGACCCGAGCCGGUCCAAGACCUACGACCUGCUGGCGUGCAUGGCACACUCGUGA